GGAUUUAAUUUUCGUUGUAUAAAAUGUUGGUGUGAAUGAAUACUAGACUUGCGCAAUUCAAAACAUGUGUUUAUCACCGGUUGUUUUGCAAGGACGGCACGCAUUUUUUGUCAUUCAAAACACGUGUUUUUAACCAAAAGAUAUUUACUAAGAAAUUACAGAAAUUGUUAUGCUACAAAAAUGGGCAUUGACAGUGAUUUAAACCAGUGUAUAAAGAACUUUUUGGCUAUCAAUGACGAGUUCUCCAGUGUGUCAAAGUUAAUAAACAGCAAAGUAAAAUCAAAGACAAACGAUGAAAACGAAAAGAAUAGACGUCUCUUUUAUUAUUUGGCACAAGAAAUGUUUUUGAAUCCAGCCAACUUUGAUGAAAUUUUUGCUAAUUUUUCCAAGCAUCUACCACAUUUGCUUCAAGUUGCUUUGUUUUCAAGUAAAAAAGAAUCUAAUGAACAUACCCAACAUAUUUUGAAGACUAUAUUAUUGGGUAGGAUUGUUGUCAAAAGGAAAGAUCUCCAAGGAUAUGCUUUAAAAUACUUUACAAGUAAUCCAUUGACACUAGAAAAUUUAGAUUCUACAGAAAGCUCAUCCAAGAAACCAAAAAUGGAAAAGCUGUACACAGAUUUGCAUUUUGUUGAAGCAUGUUAUCACUUGUUAAAAAGCAAUCCUAGUUUUUAUCGGAAUAAAUGGAGUUGGUCUACAUUUAUUGAAAAAUAUCUUGAUCAUGAAGAUAAUAAAAUAAAAUGGUUUUCCUGUCAAAUUUCAGCAAUUCUUUUCGGUAUGUGUGAAAAGCAAACCAAAAAACUAAUCUUAAAUCAUAUUUCAGUUGAGCUUGACACAGAGUACUGCUGUAUUUUUAAUUUAAAAGGAACUCUAAUCGAUUCUACCACAUCAACAGGUACAUCUAAUCCAAUUUGGACACUUCAUACAGGAGACAUAAAUGAUUUGCUUAAUAUAUCUGGAAUAUAUGUGCCAAUUUUAUCAAAACAAUCAAAUAUAGUCACAAAUCUUGUGGAAGUGCCAUCUACUGUAAACAAUUUAAGAAAAGUAGCUUUGGGACUUACUUUAAACAAAGCUAUUUGCCUUCAGGGACCAGUAGGGUCUGGUAAAACUAGUCUUGUUGAAUAUUUUGCUGAGAAAACUGGCAGAAACUUGGGAGAAAAUUUCAUCAAAGUACAACUUGGUGAUCAAACCGACAGCAAAAUGUUACUUGGAACAUAUAGAUGUACUGAUAUACCAGGAGAAUUUGUUUGGCAGCCCGGAGUACUAACACAGGCUGUCCUAGAAGGCAACUGGCUUCUUUUGGAAGAUAUAGAUUCAGCGAGUAUGGAUAUUGCUUCAAUGCUGACUAGUUUGUUGGAAAACAAUUCACUAACUGUACCAGGUUAUAGGGACUCUGUACCAGUAAAUCCAGGCUUUCAAUUGUUCGUCACCCAAAGAUUUGUUUCUACAAUCUCAGGCCACCAUAAGAAACACUCAAACGCAAUGUCACUCUUGGAAAAACACCUGUUACAGAUCAACGUAGAUCCUCUAACCAAAGAUGAGUUAAAACAGAUCGUAGAGACGAAAUACCCUCAGUUUCGAACAAUCUCCGACAGACUCGUGAAUGCCUUUCUGCUCUUCAACCAAGACACGUCAGAUACUAGUAAAAUAUCAAUCCCAAAGAGCGGCAGACUCAUUUCAACUCGAGACUUUUUCAAGUGGUGUUCAAGAGCCAUUCAAGGUUUUGACGUCAAAAGCCAAGAAAGCGCUCUAAAAGUACUGCAAGAUGCAAUUGAUGUUUUUUGUUGUUCGUACUCAGACCAAAAAGACGCUCUAGAUCUAGCGAAACAGAUUAGUACUAAUCUAGGAAUCGUUAACCACAAAGCAGAGUACUUUUUCAAAGACUAUAAACCAACAAUGCAACUGACUGCAGAUCACUUAAUUGCCGGAAGAGUCGUUUUACGUAGAGACAACAACGAACUAAUGAAACACGUUAAUUUUUCUUUCACAAGACCUUCAUCAGUGCUUCUCGAGAGAAUCAUGUGCUGUAUCAACCUACAGGAACCUGUUUUACUAGUAGGAGAAACUGGAACCGGUAAAACAUCUUGCGUUCAGUAUUUGGCCCACACCAUCGGCCAGAAGUUGAUUGUGAUCAACAUGAACCAACAAUCAGACUCUGCUGAUUUGUUAGGAGGAUUUAAACCCGUGGAUUUGAAGUACAUCAUUGCUCCCAUCAGACGAGAAUUCGAACAAGUAUUCUCUGAUUUUUUCAAAGUAGAACCAAAUAGGAAAUACUUGAGCAAUCUAGCGCUAUGUUUCAACAACCAGAGAUGGUCAGAUCUGGUUAAAUUGAUGACUGUAAGUUAUCAAGCAGCUGAACGUCGAUUGAAGAAGUCUCUACAAGAUUUCGAACAGUUAACAGGCAAAAUAGCGCAAGAAAGGAUAGACAAACGCAACAAAGAUAAAGUAUUUUUAGAUCGAUGGCUCGUUGUUGGGGAAAAACUACAAAAGCUGGACAUACAGUUGAAGCACACAAGUGCUUUAGCUUUUGCUUUCAUCGAAGGAAGUCUUGUUAAAGCUGUGGAACAUGGGUAUUGGGUACUACUGGACGAAAUCAAUCUUGCAAAUGCUGAAACUUUAGAAUGUUUGUCAGGGCUUCUAGAAGGAUCGCAAGGAUCUUUGUGUUUGUUAGAAAGAGGUGACAAGAAACCAGUGAAACGACACCUUAACUUCACUUUGUUCGCUUGCAUGAAUCCUUCCACUGAUGUUGGAAAGAAAGACCUACCAGCUGGAUUAAGAAAUCGAUUUACGGAGUUUUUCGUUGAAGAACUGAACGAGAAGAACGAUUUACUGCUUUUGGUUAAUAACUAUCUCGAAGCAAUGUCUCUAAAACCCAAGGAUUUGGAAGCUAUAGUUAAUUUUUAUUUGAAAGUUCGAAGAGAAACUAUUUUGAGUCUGUCGGAUGGUUUGGGACACAAGCCGCAUUAUUCCUUGAGGUCGUUGUGUAGAGCUUUGAUCAUCGCAUCGAAGAAUCCUUGUGGGAUAUUCAAAAAGAGUCUUCAUGAAGCGUUUUGUCUUAGUUUCCUCACACAGCUCGAUAGCAACUCAUAUUCUAUAGUGGAGAAGUUAAUAUCAAGUUGCUUAAUUGGGGAUGCCAAAGCGAUUAAAGCAGUACUCAAUCAGCCAAUACCUGAACCAGAUAGUAGACAAGAACAAUUUAUUCAAUUCGAAGGGUACUGGGUUAAAAAAGGCCAGCUAGAUCCUUCUGUGCCCGAAGAUUACAUAUUAACAGCAUCUGUUAGAAAAAAUCUGAAGGAUUUGGUUAGAGUUGUAUCUAUAGGAAGAUUGCCAGUGUUAUUACAGGGUGAUACUUCAGUAGGAAAAACUUCUCUGAUUACGUAUUUGGCCAAAUCUAGUGGCAAUAAAUGCGUCCGAAUCAACAACCACGAACACACUGACUUGCAAGAAUACAUAGGAUCGUAUGUAGCUGAUUUAGAUGGUAAACUAGUAUUUAGAGAAGGACUUCUGGUCGAAGCCAUGCGCAAAGGUCACUGGAUCAUUCUGGACGAACUCAAUUUGGCUCCGACUGAUGUUCUAGAAGCCUUAAAUCGAGUACUGGAUGAUAAUAGAGAGUUGUUUAUUCCUGAAACCCAGGAAAUUGUUAAAGCCGAUCAAAAUUUUAUGCUUUUUGCUACGCAGAACCCACCAGGGGCGUAUGGAGGAAGGAAAAUGUUGUCCAGGGCGUUUCGAAAUAGGUUUGUGGAACUGCAUUUUAAUGAAAUCCCUCCAAAAGAACUAGAAUUCAUCCUUCACCAAAGAUGUCAGAUGGCUCCAAGCUAUGCAAAGAAAAUGAUUAAUGUCAUGACUGACUUACAGACUCGUCGUAGAGGUUCAGCUGCCUUUGCCGGUAAACAAGGUUUCAUCACACUGAGAGACCUUUUCAGAUGGGGAGAGCGAUACCGACUAGCUCAAAAUUCCAAGAAGUUAUACGACUGGGACCAACACUUGGCGGAUGAAGGGUACCUGGUGUUAGCUGGAAAAGUGCGAAGAUCCGAAGAGAAAUGUGAAAUUAUUGAAGUCUUGCAGAAGCAUCUGAAGAGAGAGGUUGAUCCUGAUCGUCUGUUUACAUUAUCUGACAGAACAUCUACAGUUACCCAACACAUUCUCAAAAAAAUCGAAGAAAACAAGUCCAGAUAUAAAAACAUCGUUUGGACUUACAAUAUGCGACAGUUGGCAGUACUGGUUUCGAAGGCACUGGAUUUCAAAGAACCGGUUCUAUUAGUGGGAGAAACCGGUGGUGGAAAAACGACUGUAUGCAAAUUAAUAGCAGAAAACAACGGACAAAACCUCGUAACUGUCAACUGUCACAUGCACACUGAAAGCAGCGAUUUUAUUGGCGGGUUGAGACCUGUGAGAGAUCAUUCAAAUGAAGAGUCCACAAGGCUUUUUGAGUGGGUCGAUGGGCCUCUUAUAACAGCAAUGGUACAAGGAAACGUUUUUCUGGCUGAUGAAAUAUCUUUGGCUGACGAUAGUGUUCUAGAAAGACUUAAUUCUCUACUAGAACCCGAAAGAACUCUCCUGUUGGCAGAAAAAGGAAUUGAUUUAAACAAUAAAGAAAACUCAGAACUCGUUGUGGCCCACCAAAACUUUUUCUUCAUCGGUACCAUGAAUCCUGGCGGCGAUUUCGGUAAAAAAGAACUGUCCCCAGCUUUGAGAAACAGAUUCACCGAGAUUUGGUGUGAUUCCUGCAGGAACCGGGAAGAUUUGGUUAGCAUUAUCGAACAGAAUGUCAAGCCUGGUUUGUUAAUGGGCGAUCAGGAGGAUGGUUCUAGUGGAAUUGGGAAUGCUAUUAUGGAUUUCUUGGAGUGGUUCGAAAUAACUGAUGUUGGAAAAAGAUUUACUAUAAGCAUUCGUGAUGUACUAACAUGGGUCAAUUUUAUCAACACUUGUUCUGACAAAAUGGAACUAGCUGAAGCGUAUGUUCACGGUGCUUAUUUGACGUUUCUGGAUAGUUUAGGAUCAGGUAUCACCAGCACAGAAAGUUUAAAAUCGUUGGAGAACUUCAAAUCAAAAUGUCUUCAAUUCCUGUCGACUCAAGCAAUCCAAACAACUUCCCAAACUACAUCCGUGGAUUUAAGUAACUUACAAGUCGAAAGUAUCGCAGGUAAAUUCGGCAUAAAGCCGUUUUACAUCGAAACUAAUCCAGAAGUAGCAACUACAACCGAAUUUACAUUUAACGCUCCAACAACUUUAUAUAACACACUCAGACUUUUACGAGGAAUGCAAUUGAAUAAGGCGAUUUUAUUGGAAGGGAGUCCUGGAGUAGGAAAAACAAGUUUAGUUACGGCGUUGGCCAAGUUUACUGGUCAUAAGUUGUUUCGGAUCAAUCUCUCCGAUCAGACGGAUAUAUCAGACCUCUUCGGCGCUGAUUUACCAGUAGAAGGAGGAACCGGCGGCCAAUUCUCUUGGAAAGACGGACCUCUUCUUCAAGCUCUUAAAGACGGCAGCUGGAUAUUACUAGACGAGCUCAACUUAGCGUCCCAGUCAGUACUGGAAGGACUCAACGCCUGUUUGGACCACAGAGGCGAGAUAUUCAUACCAGAAUUGGGCAAAACCUUCUACGUUAAACCAGGAACUAGAUUCUUCGGAUGUCAGAAUCCUCUCAAGCAAGGAGGAUCCCGAAGGGGUUUACCACAGUCAUUCUUGAACAGGUUCAUACAGGUAUACGUGAACUCAUUGACUGAUAAGGACUUACAUUUCAUAUUAACGAAUCAGUUUAAGAACAUUUCUGCUGAUUUGUUGUUGAAUAUGGUGGAGUUCAAUAGUAGGAUGGUUCAACAACUGGAGAGUCAUACGUUUGGACAUAAAGGUGCACCUUGGGAAUGCAAUCUACGAGAUAUAACUCGCUGGUGCGAGGCUACUAUCUAUCGCCACAAUGUAAGUGACACUUACCAUCCUCAAAACGUAGUGAGUCUUAUUUACAGUGAUCGUAUGCGGACUCUAGCGGACAAAAAUAAAGUACAGGAAAUAUGUAGUGAAGUGUUCGGUUGUAAGGUUGGCGGGACUGGACCUGUCGCGUACGUUACAAAUGACAGAGUGUAUUUCGGUGACGUGUUUAUCGAACGAAAUCAGGUCCACGUGGAUUCGAACGUGUUGAAACAGGACAAGACUUGUUUAGUGUUGAGGUCGCAGUUAGACGUGUUGAGAAGUUUGGCGUAUUGUGUAAAUCUGAACUGGAUGGCCAUAUUGGUUGGCACUACCGGAAGUGGUAAAAGUAGUGUAGUGAAAACGCUUGCAAGUUUAAGUGGAAAAACGUUAAAGACUUUACCAGUGACAUCAGCAAUGGAUACAACCGACAUAUUGGGAGGAUUUGAACAGACCGAUUAUAGCCGACACUUAGAUGAGAUAGCUAGGGAACUGGAGCGAGUAUGUCUCGAAGUGAAUCAAGAGUUCCUGGUAAACGGCAAAAAUGGAGAUGCCCUAAGGCUGAUGCAGCACUGGGAAAGUUAUCGGCAACUGUCAGAUACUCCUAGUUCUUCAAUGGAAGAAGAAAUUAAAUUGUUCCUAAGAAAGAUAAGCAGAUUGGAGGACGUCGCCCAAUUCAUCAGCUCGUACCAUCAAGAAUCAGUAGUUGCGGCUUUAACAGACCGUCUACAAAAAAUAUCUUUCGCAAUAAAGAACGAAGCCUCACUUAAUGCCGGAGGAAAAUUCGAAUGGGUGGAUUCUGUAUUAAUCAAAUGCCUUCAAGAUGGUUCCUGGUUACUGGUAGACAAUGUGAACUUGUGCAGCUCUGCUGUACUAGAUCGUCUAAACGCCCUUCUAGAACCAAAUGGAGUUCUUACCGUUUCUGAAAGAGGGGUAGACGCCAACGGUCAAAUGGUAGAAAUAAAACCACAUAAAGAUUUUAGGCUCUUCCUUACCAUGGAUCCAAGAAACGGAGAGAUUUCAAGGGCUAUGAGAAAUAGAGGCAUAGAAAUCUACCUAUUAAACGAAGGCGAAUUGCAACACUCUCAUGACAUCGACAGAAGCAGUUUAAUCCAGCUAGAAGGACUAAGCUCAUUCCAUGCAGAAAUGCUCAUAAAACUACACAAUUUUAUUUCCGAACUCGUCAUAGGCGAAAGACCAAAUGUAAAUGAGCUGAUUCAAGUAUCAACACUAGCAGCACAACAACUAAAAUAUGGCGUAGAUAGCAAACAGACUUUCACAAGUACAAUACUGGAGGUUUAUUACAAAACUAGGUCACCCCUUGAAUUUAAUUGCGUUAAUUUUGAAACUGUUAUAAACGAGGAAAUUACUAAAUUACUUAACAGCGAAUCUAGUACAGUCCCAGCUUGUUUUGACUCAAAUGCAACACUUAAAACACAAGAAAUAUCUCUGAAUUCAUCUAUCGAGAAGGUUAAACAACAAGCUGUCUUGCUGUUCGAUUAUUUAGAGAACGCAGUCAAAACUUGUGCAGAUGUAGACGUUAAACUUGGUCAUCUACUAGUUUGCUUCUACUCUACAACUUCCUUGGAAGAUAUAAGUGUUCGGCAUUGCUAUUUGCAAGCAAAAAUUAAAUCUAGUAAACCUUUAACACCGUCACUGCAAAAUUUACUCUUAAAUUUUACAAAUAAGCUAUUGUAUAUAUGCCAGAGGAGUUCAAAUGCCCUCAGUUUGCCCGUUGAUCACAACUGGAUUCCAGAAAUAUCUACAUUGGAAGAGACUUUGGAAAGCAACAUCCAAAUGUUGCCUUUGUUCUUCAGUGUAGACUCUUUGUUGGAAAAUACUAACUUAGCUAAUAUUUCUGGAAAUAGAAUAGAGUUCGAUGGCAAGAAAUUGAAGUUUAAUAAACCAAAAAAAGGAAGCAAACUGACUCUAGUGGAAUACUCGCGAUAUUUACAACAAGGUUUGCUUGAAGACCGUUUUGGUGAUGUUGUGGUUAACAAUUUUACCAACCUAACUAAAACCUACAACGACUUUUUACUGAAUAUUGUGAAUAUGACAAAAAGUAUUAGUAAUCACGACAUUAUAGAAUUGCUUUAUAUGCUUUUUUGGAAAUCUAAGUUGGUAGAACUUCUUCACUUUAAUUAUUCUGCAGACGUAGACCAGAAGCAGCUACGAAAGGUUUUCGCUGAACUUCCUGUACACUAUAAAUGGUUCUAUAAAUUUUCUGUGCAGGCUGUUUCAAAGAUUACUAAUCUGCCAGUAUUAGAAAGCUUGGAAGAUAUCCUAAAGCAGAUAAAUAGUAAAUUAGAUAAACAGUUUUCGGUUAUGCAUAAACUGGGCAAGAACUAUCAGAAAUCGAGCAACAGACCACCUCCUUAUACAAGCAAAGAACACUACGAUAUUAUCUAUAAGUUCAACGAGAUUAGUGAAAGGUACAAUUCUAGUCGAAAAGGGAAUGAUGUGUUGGACCUUUUUAACUCUUUCUAUGGAAAUAAAGGUUUGAGAUCUUCUUUGGUAGAGUUCAAAGCAGAAUUAGACUACGGAUUUAGCAAUUUUGAUGAAAAGAUUGAGAAAAUAAAGGAAAUUAGCAACAAAAUUAGUUGUAAAAACCUUGAACCUUGCACCAAAUUUGAACUACAACUGGUACCAUUACUGGAUCAUUUGAUGCACUUACAAAUCCGACAUAAUAUCUCUACUGGACAUGAUAUGGCUCUUACCAACAAUGUACUGAUCCCUACAGAGUUAUGUGGUACUCUAUUAUUGUACCACAGAACAAAAGAUCCACGAUUAUCGUACGAGCUGUACCGACACUACUACCAGUACCUGAUGCUGUCGCCAUCUGCACAGCCCUCUAAAUUUUUGGGCGAAGAAGAAGAGAAAGAGAUUCACGAAUUUGCUCCUAAAAUUACUUUCCUUUUGAGUAAUUUGUUGAUCAAUGCGAAAGGUGUGGAAGACUUGGGGAGAGUAACUCUUGGCAAUUUCAGACAUCUAAUGAAGCAACAUGAUGUUUUGAAUCUCACACUUUGGGGUAAUUUGUAUCAGUUAUCUGAAGAGGAAUAUUCCUUUAUGUAUUGUGAGAAACAAAAUAUCACAAAGGUCUACACCAAAUUUUUGCAAGAACUAGCUCUGUCACUUAAAAUAACCACUGAGAAUAAGACUGACGAUACUAUCAACAUUCUGGUGCAAAAUAUCCUAAAGAAACUUCGAGAUGUUCACAGCUCAGACGCCCAUCCUGAGCUAACUGCCCUCUUAGACAAAAUAAAAUACUCAUUCCUUAAGUUUGAACAAUUGCAGAAAGUUUUAGAGCUCGAUCAGUUUCUUUUGACUGUUUCCUGUUUAUACCAAAGUGUCAGUUACUUGAAAGCGAAAUUCAAUUCCAAGCUUUCCUCGAUAGAUCCUCUGGCCAAGAAGACCCUUAAGAGGAAUUACUGUGCGGAGGCUAUGAAGAUGUUCGACGUCUUAAGAUUGUGUUAUGACAGUCUUAAUCAAAUUUAUAGUGAUAAGAAGGAGACUGUGCAUGACUAUUGUAAACAGAUAGAAGUGUUGCAGACGAAAUUGCAAUCUAAACAUCGCGAACUUAGCAAGUAUGUUGCUUACAGACCGGAUGAUGUGCUCUAUAGUAGUGUUGCUGAGGUAAUCAAUUAUGCGUUUUCCACACUUCUUGCAGAUGAUUAUAUUGUAGAAGUGAACGAGGCUACUAGGCAACAAGUAAUUAGAGAGAGAUCGAACAAAGUUCCCAGUUACGAGAAUCUCAUCCACGAACUGAGCCAAUACAGAAGCAGCUUUCCAGACAUAAUCGAGCCUCUUCUGAGUAACAUUAGCGAGUAUCUGUAUGGUUUCAAACUGUACCUAAGCGUAUUGAAAAUGCAGGAUGAAAAACAGAAGCAAUCCAACGCUACGGUCUCUACCAAUGAUUUUAUUUCUUUGGUAAAGUUUCCAUCCAUAAGCCAAGACUCGGAGCACGACCUCAUUAAAAUGAACAAGUCUGUUAAAUUUUUCCUCGACGCUACGGAAGAAUCUGAUACUCAGGAACAAGAAAACUUUAGAUUACUUAAAUGUUCUAUAGUAGAAAGUGUCAACACAUCUAUAUCCAAUUCGCUGCCAUGCGAAAUUUUAAGAAAACACGACUUUUUCCAAUUCAGCAAACUAUUAGAUACGUUUAUUGGUGCUUACAAUAAACAACAGGAGCAAAUGGAGAUUAAGAAGCAAGAAGAAGAAAGUUUAUAUAAGAUUAAAACAAAUCAGAAUGAUAAAUCCGAAGAGGAGCAGAUCCAAGAAGACCUCAACACUCUAUUCCCCAAUUAUCACACCAUCGACUUCGCAGACUUUCAAAAAGACGCCAGCAUCGACGACACAACUCUAGAAAAUAAAGUAGAAGCAAAAUACGAAGAAGUCAUUUCGUAUAACGAUUUAAAGGACAUCACCCAACUCCACGUUGAUUUACUCACUUGCAUGACUAAAAAUGAGUGGCUGAAUCCAACGAAGACCAAAAAAUUAGUUCCUGAUUAUAUUUUGCCGUUGCUAGAAAAAUUCAAGACGUUUUCUAAAAUAUUGGAGAAGGUUAUGGAUAGUGUGGACUAUCGAAUGGACGAAGAUCUGAUUGCUAGUUUGAAUGUUUUAUUGGCGGUGAAGAAAAGAUAUGGCAACACUGAUGAUAUAUUCCAAAAAACCUCAUCUCAAAAAAGAAAUGACUUCUACAAGGAUUCUAACGUCGAAGAGGUCAAAUCCUGUUAUCACGUUUUGGAAGAUCUUAAAAUCAAAAUCAAUCAACUACUAGAAGAGUGGCCAGACCAGCCAACCUUAAAUACGAUCCUUACAGUAAUUGACAGGAUCUAUAAGUUCGAAAUAACAAGUCCCAUAUCAAGAUAUCUCACCGGUUUUGAAAUAUUGCUAACCAAGUGUCACGAAUGGGAGGAAGUUGCCCAUUCUGGUGUUAGUAUAAGUCAACAUACUCAAAAUUUGACGAAUCAAAUCGUAACUUGGAGGAAAUUGGAACUUGCAGUAUGGAAAGAUCUUCUGAGUAAAGUACACGAUAGAUUGAACGAACCUUUACCCAAAUGGUGGCUACAUCUGUACAACGUAAUGCAUCAAUUUAUCCAAGAAAGGAAAUUUGGAGAAAAAGAAUUGGUAGAAACAUUACAAACGUUUAUAACCAAAUCAAAUAUGGCCGAAUUCCAAGGUAGACUGAAUCUUUUAUACGCGUUCCAUUGUCAUGCUACCUAUUUGGAACACACCGAAGAAACCGAGUCCUUCAUCAAUAUAUUAUGGAACGUAUACAGCUACUUUAGGCAAUUCGUUGACGUGGUUGCCAAAAAAAUUAAGGAUUUAAAAUCUCCAAUAGAAAAGAAAUUAAAGGACUACGUCAAAAUAGUCAGAUGGAAAGACAUCAACUACUGGGCCAUAAAGGACACGGUCGAAAAAUCCCAUAAAAACAUACACAAGUUUAUGAGAGAGUACCAAGCAGCUUUGGAACAACCAGUGUCACCUUGCAUUCAUAAUAUCGAUCCUGAAAGCAGUUCUCAAAGUGUUGGUAUUUGGGAUAAGCCGAAAAACGGAAAAUCGCCCGAUUUCUACAGUCAUUAUUUAACUAGCGAAAUUGACAACUAUUUAAGCGAUCAACAGGAAAUUCAACAUUCUAUUGAAUCUGCUUCCGGCUCAGCAAAGAGGUUGCUUGAUAAGGCAACAAAAGUUCGUGAGUUAUCUAGGCAAAUAAUUUUAGCUACAACGUAUCCUGCAUUAAUACAAGACUUAGAUGUGUUUGUAACGGAAGUUAUAGAAACUAGCAGCCACCUUCAGAAAUUAGAGGUUGACACAACUUUAACCAAGGAAAAACAAAAAUCGCAAGCAAAGAACAUUUUACAGCGAAAGCAUCGCGCUUUAGCAGAUCUCUUCAAGAGUCUUACAAAGAUGGGACUGUCUUUUAAAACCGGCAUAGUAGAUAGUAAAGUCAAGGACCCAACUGCGGAGUUCCUCAUCAAACCGAUUGAUCUGCAAAGCCAGUUUCACAAUGAAAACUAUGGCUAUAAAGAAGACAGAAUAUUGUCGUUUUGGGAAUCGAGUGAAAAAUACUACGUGCGUUCUUUAAUGAGAUUCGACGUACUGGAAACGGCUUUGCAAAGUCCAUCUAAAGAACUUGGAAUGCAAAAUGUCGAGAGGGUGAAAGGUUUCAGUCAGGAUAUGUUGACCUCAAUUCAACACCAGAAGAAUAAAUUAGUAGAAGCUAGCAGAGUUUAUUACUACAUAAGGCACUAUGCUCGUCAGCUCAAACAAUUUUCUAAUGCCAAAGAAUAUCUUCCAUGUAAUCUCAUCGAUGGCAUAACUGAUUUGUUAUCUAAAAUCAACUCCACGAUGAGCCAUUAUCAAAUAGUUUUAAACACUUGUCCAGUAGAGAAUAGUUUCAACUCAGAAAAUGUAGAAAUUCUAAUUCUGAAGACUGAUUUGGAAAACAGGAUAGUUUACAAACAUGACAAGUACUGGUCUAAAGCUACUACUAUUAUCAGCAACAUUCAAUCAUCUUGUAGGAAACUUAUUUCACAACUGUUUAAAGCCAAAGCAGAAAUUCCAACUAGUGAUUUCCAAUUCCUGAAGAAUCAGUAUGUGUCUAUAACGAACUUAAGUGAACUAACCAAGAAUUUAUCAAAUGUACAGGAAGAAAUAUUGAGUCUUAAAACAAUUUUUGGCAACACAAAACUAACAAAUAAUUUACUAGUGUUAGCAGAUGAAGUCCAACAAGCUACAAGUAAUUUACAAAAUCCAGUAUUAACUAAAACAUCAAUUGAUGGCGACAUUUCUACCAAAUGUGAAAAAGAAAUUAAGAAAUUGUCGAAAAAAAUUUUAAGCACUGUAACAGAUCUGCACAAGAAGUAUGAAGCUGUACCUAAACCCAAAGAUGAGGCUGAAGAAAAUGAAGAAAGUAUACAAGAAGACCAUUUGACAAAAUAUUUGGUAGACAACUUGUCUACAGACAUUUCCCAACUCAACAUGCAAGUAAUCCUAGAAGAAAUUAACCAAAUAGCUAGUUAUAUCAUGGGAGCUUCUUUGGAAAAUAUUGACAAAAGAAAAACAUUAGCAGGUCAAGUUUGUCAUGUGCUGGACCAAGUUAUACUACUCCAGCGAUAUUUUGUCACUCAACAAGUCGCUGUUUAUAGGGUUAGCUGCAAGAUGUCUUCUGUGUUACUCAAUGUCUUUAUCGAAUUGGCUUCAAAGGGAUUCUGCAUUCCACCUGAAUUUUCCGACGAAUUCGAUAAAGAAGGAAUCAGUAAACCGUCGGACGGAUUAGGAUUGGGAGAAGGCCAAGGAGAACGGGACGCUUCGGAUAAAAUAGAAUCUGAAGAUCAACUAGACGACGCCCAACCAGCGGGCAAAGAGAAAGAUAACGAAGAGGACAAGGACUGUAAGGAGGAAGAAAAGGGUAUUGAGAUGAGUGAAGAUUUCGAUAGUAAACUGCAGGAUAAAGAAAAGAAGGAUGAUGAUGAUAGCAAUAGUGAAUCUGGUGAUUCCGAUGCAGACGAACAGAUGGGAGAGACUGAAAAAGGCGCAGAACAACAAAAUACAGAAACAUUUGGUGAUGAUAAAGAAGAGGGAGACGGCGAAGAAGAAGAAGGUCCUGAACAAAAAGAGGAGAAGGGAGAAAAGGGUGAGAAAGAGGGGGAAGAACAACUGGGUGCCAAGGAAGGUAAAACUGCCAAUGACGAAGAAGACCAAAAAGAAGGAAAAGAAGAAAAGGAGAAAAAUAAAAAAGAGAUAAAUGAGAUGGAAGAACCUGAGUACGAUGACGACCAAAUCGAUCCACAUCACGGUCAACAACAAGAACUACCAGAACCAGAACCGAUGGAUUUACCGGAAGAUAUGCAGUUGGACGACGGAGAAGCAAAGGAUGAAGAAAAUGAUGACAAGCAAGACGAAAAUCCUUUUGAUAUAGACACCAUGAAGACAGAUGAGAAACCUGAUGACAAAAACGAUGAAGCAGCAGACGAAAAUAAAGACGACGAAUCUAAAAGAGACGAUGAGAAAGAUUUUAGUAGUGAUGAUGAAGAUGUUGAAAGAGGAGAUAAAAAGGAUGGGGAAGAAGGAGCAGAUGGCGAAGACGAUGAAAAUAAAGAUGACGAUGAUGUAAAAGAAUCAGAAAAAGCUGAUAAAGAAGAUGAUGCAAAUAGUGAAAAUGGGGAUGAGUCUGCUUUAGAUCAGACUGAAAGCCAUCAAGAAAAUAUAGAGGCUAUGGAAAUAGAUGAUGCAGAUGCAGCUGAUAAGGCACAGGCCAGCAAAUCCGAAAACCAACAGUCAAACCAACCAAUCGAUGAGCUUCAACAAGAGGAUCAGCGGGAUCAAGAAGGCGUGGGUCAAUCACAGAUGGAAGAAACCAGCUCUGGUCAUACAGCGCAAACCAGCGCCCCACAGGAAAUAAAAACGGCCAAAGAUAAUCGAGAUAAGGAGGAACAGAAAAGAAAACAGAAACCUGGGGAGAGUGACUCUAAACGAAGUUUGGGAGACGUGGACCAACCUGUUCGGAAGAAAUUGAAAACUGUGGAAGCCAAAAAUGAUAGUAAACAGGACAAGGAGGACAAAAGGGACGAAGAUGCCGAUAUGUAUCAACAUAUUGAGGAUGCUGAGAAGUCGAAAACUCAGGUUCUCGAUGUCGCUACAAAAGAACAAGCAGAAAAUCAGAAGAAAGAAACACACCAUGAAGAGGAAAAAGACGAGGACCCUGCAGAAUCUUCAAAAGAUCUUCCAGAAGAAGAAGAGACUGACGUAAUAGACGCAGAUACCGCAGAAUCGGAAGUAGCAGAGAAAUUAGGUGAAACAAAGGACCAAAAGAGCAAAAAGCAGCAACAUCCUCAAGGUGAUGUUCUUGAAGAAGUACAAGAAAUAGAAAUAGAAGGCGAGCUUGUCCAGACAUCAACUGUACCACGUAGUACUGAGUCUACACAUCACACCCAGUAUUCCUCAAUUGCAGAAACCACAGCUUCAAGACUCUCAAUGGAAGAAAUCAACAGUCUUCGACUUGAUGUUGAAAAACAAUUGUCAGGAUGGAACGAUCCUCCUUCUACCAUAGAAGCAGACCAAGCGUGGCAGAAAAUAUCUUCGGUUACUUCGUCGUUGGCUCAAGAUCUAUCAGAGCAGCUGAGGCUCGUGUUGGAGCCUACGCAAGCUAGCAGAUUACGUGGAGAUUUUAGAACUGGUAGAAGGAUUAAUAUGAGGAAAGUGAUACCGUAUAUAGCGUCACAAUUUAGGAAAGACAAAAUAUGGCUUAGGCGGACGAAGCCGUCUAAAAGAGAAUAUCAAAUAGUAUUAGCCAUAGACGACUCUUCUAGUAUGAAUGACAACCAUUCCAAGGAAUUAGCGUUUGAAAGUGUAGCUCUUAUAUCCAAGGCACUAACUCUUUUGGAAAGUGGACAGUUGUCGGUUUUAAGCUUUGGUGAAAAUGUAGAAGUGAUCCAUAAAUUAACAGACCAAUUUACGGAUAGGAGUGGCAUCAAGCUAUUACAGAAAUUCAAGUUUGAUCAAAACAAGACUUGUGUAGCUAAGUUAGUGGAUUUUUCCACGGAAAUGUUUAACCAAUCCCAGCUACAAUCCACUGCACUAAAUGCUAAAUUACUGGUGAUUGUGAGCGAUGGAAGGGGUGUAUUUUCCGAAGGAGAAACUUUCGUUAAACAAGCUGUACGUAGGGGGAAACUGUCCAAUAUAUUUAUGGUAUUUGUGAUUAUAGACAAUCCAGAAAAUAAGAACUCUGUGUUAGAUAUAAGAAUGCCCGUAUUUAAAGAUGGAAAACUUCAGGAAAUUCAAAAUUAUAUGGACGUAUUUCCAUUUUCGUUUUAUAUUAUUUUAAGAGACAUUAAUUCUUUGCCUAGUGUUUUAAGUGACGCCUUGCGACAGUGGUUUGAAAUUGUGUCAAAUUUAGAUAAGUAAUGAUUUUUGUUAAUUUAUUAAUAAAGGAUGUCUUUAAUAAA